GUUUGACAGCGCAGUCACAUGUUCGGCGACGUCAGUCGAGUCACUUCCUUGUUAUUGCUCUAUUACGUGUGUUUGAUCAAAACGCCCCAUCUCCAGAAUGACGGAAUGCCAAUCUCUAGGAUAGUGACUAACAAGGGGAGACGUCUGGGCUGCUCCCCAGCCUAAGAAAUAUCCCCCUUCCCCCUCCCUAAUAUUCAUCUUCCUCAAAACCACCUCAAAGUGGUGUCCCCCCCCCCCCCCCUCCCGCCUGACCCUCCUCCCUCUACCACCACUACCACCACAAUGCUGUGCUGGGGCAAUGCCGUGAGCGGCCAGUUGGGCAUCGGCGAGGAGCAGAGCCCUGUGUGCGAGCCCAGGGACAGCCAGGCCUUCGGUGGGAAGGGGCCUCAAGAGGUGGCCUGCGGGGGUGAACACUCCCUGUUCCUGCUGCAGGACGGCAGGGUGUUCACCUGUGGCUCCAACAGCUCUGGGCAACUGGGACACGACAAGCUGGGCGCCUCGCCAGAACCGGUGCAGACGCUGGACACCCAGAAGAUAACGGGGGUGUCGUGUGGCCGGGACCACUCAGUGGCACUGAACGCCCAGGGCCAGGUGUUCUCCUGGGGGGCCGGGGCCGGGGGCCAGCUGGGCCUGGGUACCGCUGAGGAGGCCGUUCGCAUCCCCAGGUUGAUCAGGAAAUUAUGCGAGCACCGCAUCUCGCAAAUCAUGUGCGGUAACCAGCAUUGCAUCGCUCUUUCCAGAGACGGCCAGUUGUUUACGUGGGGUCAGAACACCAACGGUCAGCUGGGCCUAGGGAAGGGGGAGCCCAGCUCGCUCACACCACAGCCCCUGAAGUCUCUGGCGGGUAUCCCCUUAGCACAGAUCAGCGCCGGAGGGGACCACAGCUUUGCCCUGUCACUGUCCGGGGCGGUGUUUGGCUGGGGCAAAAACAGCGCCGGCCAGCUGGGCCUCAACGACGAACAAGACCGGGCUGUCCCAUGCCACAUCAAGGUCCUCAGAUCCCAGAAGGUGGUCUACAUCAGCUGUGGAGACGAACACACUGCUGCCCUGACCAAGGACGGCGGCUUGUUUACGUUUGGGGAGGGCUCCAGAGGUCAGCUGGGCCACGACUCGGUCCACAACGAGCCGCUGCCCAGAAGGGUGCUGGAGCUGAUGGGCAGCGAGGUGUCGCAGAUCGCAUGCGGCAGGUGCCACACCCUAGCCUACGUGCCCUCCUCUGGGAUGGUGUAUGCGUUUGGCUGCAACAUGCACGGACAGCUGGGCACGGGCACGCAGCAGGACGCCCGAAGCCCUGCCCCCCUCCAGAGGAGCCUUCUCAUUGGACGAUCCAACAGAACCGAAUCAGAACAUUGUUCUAUCACUAAAAUCAACUGUGGAGGAGAUCAUAACUUCAUACUCUACUCAGAUGAACAGCCUCUGUAUGCUCAGCACCCAGUCCUCUCACAAGACUUCCGGGUGCUCGACGUCUCAAGAGGCAUCUCUCAGAUCAACAGUGACAGCUUGAACACGUGGAGGAUGAAACUCAUUGACAACACAGACUCCACGCUCACCAAUGACAUCAUCCUUCUGUUCUCGUCCACGGCAUGUUGGAACGCUAGCUUCCUGGACCAGAGUGACGACGGACACUUCAAGACCAACCCCAAGGCCCCCGGGAUCGACCUGGGCUCGGUCAGGUCUCUGUUCCAGACGCUCGGCACGCCGCCCUACUCCGGCCUCCUGCAGCAGGCCACCAAGAGCCUGGAGAGCCUGCUCAUCCCCCAGCUGCCCAGCUCCCCCCCGGACGUGGAGGCCAUGAGGAUCUACCUGAUCCUCUCAGAGUGCCCCGCCCUGCAGGACACCAGCAACUACAUCAGCCUCAGCAUCCCCCUGGCCAUGGCCAUCCUCCGGCUGGACCCCAACCCCAGCAAAGUCCUGGAUAACUGGUGGUGCUUGCUGGACGACGGGGUGUUCGCCCGGCUGGUGGACACCUACAAGAGCAUUGUGGUGUAUCUGCUGACGGGCGGCAAGACCCUGCUCAUCCCCGUCUUCCACGAGAGCUACAUCAGCGCCACGCUAAAGCUGCUGGACAAACUGCACAAGGUGAACCUCAAGGCCCAGCAUGUGGACUACAACCGCUUCUACAUCCCAGACGUCACCACGCUGGUGGACAUCCAGGAGGACUACCUCAAGUGGUUCCUGAGCAAGGCCGAGACCAAAAAGAAAACACCAUCGAUUCAGAGCUCAGUGACCCUGUGUGCCUACCCGUUCAUCCUCAACGCCCAAGCCAAGACCACCAUGCUGCAGACGGAUGCUGAGCUACAAAUGCAGAUGGCGGUGAGCGGGGCGAACCUCCAGAACGUCUUCAUGCUGAUCACCCUGGAGCCACUCCUGGCUAGGAACCCUUUCCUCGUGCUGCACGUGCGCAGGGACCACUUAGUCAGCGACGCGCUGCGUGAGCUCACCAUCUACUCAGACGUGGACCUCAAGAAACCCCUCAAGGUGAUCUUUGACGGAGAGGAGGCAGUGGACGCGGGCGGGGUGACCAAGGAAUUCUUCCUCCUGCUCCUGAAGGAGCUGAUGGAUCCUGUGUACGGGAUGUUCACCCACUACCCGGAGUCCAACCUGCUCUGGUUCUCCGACAAGUGUUUCGUGGAGCACAACUGGUUCCACCUGAUCGGGAUCAUCUGUGGCCUGGCCAUCUAUAAUUCCACCGUGGUGGACCUCCACUUCCCCCUGGUGCUGUACAAGAAGCUCCUGGCCGUGCCCCCCAGCCUGGACGACCUGAAGGAACUCUCCCCCACCGAGGGCAGGAGUCUGCAGCAGCUGCUGGACCACGACGGAGACGAUGUGGAGGAGGUGUUCUGCCUCAACUUCGCUAUCACCAGGGAGAACUACGGGCUGACGGAGGUGAUGGAGCUCAUCCCUGGAGGGGAAGACAUCUCUGUGGACCAGAGCAACAGGAAGGAGUUUGUGGAAGCCUACCUGUGCUACGUGUUCAGUGGCUCGGUCAGCGAGCUGUACUCUGCCUUCUCUGCGGGCUUUCUGAAGGUGUGCGGGGGGAACAUCCUGUCCCUCUUCCAGCCCACAGAGCUCAUGGCCAUGGUGGUGGGCAACGACAACUACAACUGGGAGGAGAUGGAGAAGAAUGCGGUGUAUAAGGGGGAGUAUUCAGCCACCCACCCUACAGUCAGGAUAUUCUGGGAGGUCUUCCAUGACUUCCCUCUGGAAAAGAAGAAGCAGUUUCUGUUGUUCCUGACAGGCAGCGACCGCAUCCCCAUCCACGGCAUGGCCAGCCUGCGCAUCGCGCUGCAGUCCACCACGGCCCAGCAGCACUACCUGCCCGUGGCGCACACCUGCUACAACCUGCUGGACCUGCCCCAGUACCUCACCAAAGACACCCUGCGGCGCCGCCUCACCCAGGCCAUCGAACAGUACGAGGGCUUCAGCCUGGUGUGACCGGGGGUUGGGGACGGGGAAGGGCCGGUGGUGGUGGUGGGACUCCUUCCCCGGGACUGUGUAGUGUGGAGAGGGUGAGGGGGGAAGGGGGACGUGGGGAGGGUCUCUGAGGUUAUCAGGGCCAAGGCUACUGCACUUUAUUUGCUGAUGACUCUGAAAUGAGAGGAGGAGAGGAGGAUUAAACACACACACAUACGCAUGUACACACACACACACACACACACACACACACACACACACACACACACACACACACACACACACACACACACACACAGGAUUAUGUCACAGGUUGUGAAACAUGGGAUUAGGGAAUGGAUAAGACACUUUAAGACAUGUUAUCUUUUUUUGUUAUAAUCCUGGAUGCCACUUGCUUUUAGUUCUUCUUUCUGUUAGCAGUUUUAUUUUUCUAUUUGUUUCCGAUGCUGUGAUCAUUAGCUAGAAUUUUUUUUCAUACAAAUAAAUCUAAAGGCUAAUAACAAUAAUCUAUAUAUGCGAGUCGAUCCAGAAUAUUUAAGGUGUUCGAUGCCUGCGGUUUCGAACAGAAAUACAGUUUUGUUUUUUUACUUGAUUUUCUGGCUGAUCGUGUGCAUGUUGUUGAGUGAUCGAAAUUACAAUUACAAGACCAAGUGAAAAACUAAAAAACACCCUUGAUCCAAUUUCUAUUCCCCAAACAAACUCAGAUCUAGAUCUAGAAUGUAGUUGGGCGUGUUUUGGUGGUUCUUAUUAACAGAUUCUCAACAGAGUUAUAGUUAAAUCCGUAAGUAUUCCCAUUGUGACUGAACACUACGCUAGCUGUUUAACGGUUUUACCGUUACGUGGCUAUGAUGUGUAGUCCUCUAGUGAAAUCAUUUAUACCCGCUCCCUGUUAUACUUAAGUAGUGCAUUGCGGUUAACUAGUACGAUGCAUAUAUCUUUUUUAUACUUAUAUUGCAACUUGUUUUAGUUUUGAUUGCAGGAGCCAUAUGUUAAUGUAUAUAUGCCACUAUGAGAAGCUUGUGUUGGGAAAUUCAUUUAGCAAUAAUGAUCCUAUCAUCGUUGCCCAAUCUUCUUUCAGUUUUCCACUAUAAUGCACUAUUGUUUCUUGGGGUAAUUUCCCAUAUCCUGCUAACUGAUGGCUUAUACAUUCACAACGUUGUUGAGUUGAGCUCAUGAUAGGCCAUACAGUUGAGCACUGUAUGGCCUAUCAUGGAAUCUAUAAUAAUCCGCAAAAUGCCUGGCACCAUGCAUUUAACUGUUUUACGGCCGUCGAAGUUCCGCCCACAAUACAGGAUAUAGAUAGAUAGAUGUAUACUUAAUUGAUCCACAGGGGAAAUUCAAAGUCACACAUCGUAAACACUUAUUAUGUUGAGUACAGCGAGCAGAACAUGCACAUAUUGCUUCUGCCAGAGCACAUACGCCACCAACUUUCAAAAUAUUUAUUUAUAACGGUUUGAUUUGCAGGCUUCUGAGCUAAUGCCCUUAUCGCAGCAUAAUAUAAUUUAAGCGCGUACUGUAAUGUGAAAUAUAAUGCUAACUGUCCAGUCAAGCUGAAUGACCAGGAUCUCCUGGGCCUGUUUUGUAAAUUGAACAGUUGUUUAGCUACCAGACGACAGUGAAAUCAGUGUUUCAGUCACCGCUGGAGGAAGUCUGACUGUCCUGUGUUUCUGGAUCAACAUAUAUACUGUAUACACAUAAGGGCUUAGCAGUUGCUGUAACUGUUUUGUUUAAAAAUAUAUAUUUUCUUUUUUUACCUAUUUGAAAUGGAUGACAUUAUUUUUGUUGACCUGUUUUACCCGGAAAAAAAAUAAACUUUUCAGCUUGUGUCCCUCCCCCA